AUAGUAAUUCUGAUUCAGUUGAUCAAAAACGUUUUAUUGAUAUAAUGAAUAUGAAAUCAUCUCAUUCUGAUUUAUAUAGUCAAAUGACACUUGAUGAAAUAUUUGAACGUUAUAAAAAAAAAGAAAAUAUUGAAGAAAAACUUCUUCAAAUAAUGGAACGCGAUAUAAAAGUUGUUGUUUGUCGACAAUGUCAUUAUACAUCAUAUAAACAAUCCAUAUUAUGUAAACAAAAACAACAUUAUGUUAAAAUAUGUGAAGUAAAACAAAAAUUUUUUGAAUGUAUCGAAUGUCAUAAACGUAUUUUUACUUGGUCACAAUAUCCAGUUGAAAAUUGUACGCAUUGUAAUAGUUUAAAAGGUUUUCGUCGUACAGCUUUAAUACGUGAACGUCAUGGAGCAAAAUUUGAAGAUGAAAUUUUAUUAUUACGUGGUGAAGAAGAAAAAUUUCUUAAUUCAUUUGUUAGUCAUGAAAAAUUACCUAGUGUUAUCAAUUAA